AGCACAAGCCAUCAAGGGCUCUGUUCUUUUUCUUUCUUUCUUUUAAAGGGUAGAAUGAAGUUGGUUUCUUUCAUGCCAAAUAAGCAAUCACAGACAACCCAUUAGGAAUGCAAAACUCAUGACUAUCAUGAGACUCAAGAUCAAGAAUGGAAAAAAAAUUAUUUAUUUUUUUUUUAGACUAACAGCCAGAGAAGCCGUCUUCACAUACACAGAGCUAGACAGCAAGGAGAAGUGUUCCUCAAGGAAGGUGCCCUGUGCUGAGUCCACACAAUGCCCCGAGAAGACAUUCACUUUGAUUAUCCCAGGAAGGGGCACAGCCGCUCCUAUGUCACUGCUGAAGAGGCAGCAGGGAUCGGCAUCCUGUUUGUGGUCCUGGGGAUUGCUCUACUUGUCGGCUGCUGGUACUGUAGAAGACGAAGUGGAUACAGAACCUUGACGGACAAAAGGCGUCAUACUGGUAUUCAAAAUACCUCAAGGGAAAGAUGCUCAUGUGAGGGUCUUGAUCACCAGGACAGCCGACUGUCUUCUCAAGAGAAACCCCAUCAGCCCGUGGUUCCCAACGCUCCGCCUGCCUAUGAGAAGCUCUCUUCACCACCACCUUACUCACCCUGAGAGCUGGGGAACUCCUGAGAACGGUGAACAACUUCCCUCACACUUCUGCUUUAAGGCUGAGUAGAUGGCCCGAGUUUUGCUUUAGAAUGCUGCAGCAUGUACAACUCUAUUAACAGGCCAGUGCCAAAUUCGUGACGGGGCAAGCAGAGGGAUAUUGAGGAAUGGUGAGAAAUAUUAACCUUGGAAAAGCUUCAAUAAACAUCUUAAUGUAUAUU